CAAAAUACCCCCAAAUUUAUAAUCUAUCGUGUAGUUUUGGGUAUAAUUUAACUCUUUUUAAAGUUCAACGUAUGCGCAUAGCCAAACGACAACAAAUACAAACGUGAAAGAAAAAAAAUCGUAUAACUUAGUUUGUUCUUUUUUUAAGUUUGCCUAAUAAAAUAUUUUCCAGCUUUUUAUUAAUUAAAUAAACAAUAACAGUAUUAUAAAUAAAACAAAAGUGAAAAAAGAAACCAAUUACAACUGAAAUCAAACAGCAAAUGUUUUCUCUAUAAACGUGAAUAUUUCGAAAGCAAUGCACUCUGUUUUCGGUUGUUCUGAUGUCAAUGAACGUCUCUUGGCUGCUGUUCACAAUGGCAAUUAUGAGGAUACAUUAUCCUGUCUUAUGCAAGGUGCCAAAGCUACAUUCAUAUCCUACUCCUGUGGCCGCACCGCAGUCGGUUUAGCUACUUUAAUGGGAGAUCCUGAAAUAUUGCAAUUGCUCAUACAAUCCUGUGAAGAACCGGAUUUAGAAAUAUUUCAUCAAGGUGCUUCCACCACAAACGAAGUAGAGGUUGAUACGACACCCGAUGGCAUGGACUGUUUAGAAUGGGAGGAUGAAUUUAACGCUGAUGCCGAUCAAAUGAAUAAUUCAAACGGCACUACCGACGAAACUAUUGAAGAAUUCACCUCACUCUACUAUUAUUAUGCGAAAACAUUCGAACGUACUGGUGAUAUAGUCAGUAAUUUAGAGAAUUAUUGUUAUGGACACAAUAAUUGUAAUAAACUAAUACCCCAAGAUCCGCACACAGUCGAUCAUAUGACAAUGGCUCCAUUGCAUUAUGCCGCCUUUACGGGAGAUGUUGUAUGCGCUCGCAUACUCUUGGAACAUGGUGCAAAGGUAAAUGUCACAACGGCUGUUGGUUAUACACCUUUGCAUGUGGGUGCAAAUAAUUGUGAUAUCAGUUUGCUGCUGCUCAAAUAUGGAGCCAAUCCAAAUGCCAAAACGUUUAAUACUGGCGAAACGCCUUUUCAUGCAGCACUUAAAAAUCGCAAUGCUGCCGUUUGUCAAAUAUUGCUACAAACAAAUAAAGUCAAUAUAAAUGAAAUUGAUGAAGAUGAUAAGACAGCUCUAAUCUAUGCCAUAGUCUAUGAACAGAUUGAGGUGGCCCUAGAGUUAAUAUGCCGAGGAGCAAAAGUCAAUUUGCAGGAUAAAGAUGGUAAAACAGCAUUAUUUUAUGCGGUCGAAGAGAAUAAUAUCAUUUUGGCUUCCCGCCUAUUAGAACGUGGCGCCAGACAUAUCACUUCCCACUAUCUAUUGCAUCAAUGUGUGGCCUACAACAUGAUGGACAUGUUAAAGCUAUUGCUAUGUUAUGAUGAUCACAGAAAUAGUCUUAAAGUGCGCAACUCUGAGGGCUAUACACCCAUACAAAUUGCCAUUAUCAAUAAGCAAUCAGAAAUGUUGGAAUAUAUGUUAAAAUUAGAUGCAACAUCUUUACAAUUAGAAGUGGAUAAUAAUCUUUUAUUGGCCGUUCAAUCUAUAGAGAAUUUAGUUGAGAUUAAGUCUACUUUAAGAAUUUUAUUUGCUUAUGCCAAUUAUUCCGUUUGGCAUAAGAAAUCGACGAACUAUAUGUCAUCGUCUAGUCUGGGCUGUUUUACGCCUAAUUGUCAUAUGCCAUUAUCGCGUGCAAUUAUGUUGAAUAAAUUGGAUAUUGCAGAGUUUUUGAUAAAGGAAGGCAUCGAUUUGCAGCAACAAAUAUGUCGCGAUCAUGUCGUCAAUCAUUUAAGGACUCUUAAGGCAAAAGGAUAUAAACAAUUAACGAAAUUAUUGGUUUUAAACGGUUUUAAAUUUCCCCAACCCAAAUAUCCUCCUAGUAUAACGAAUAAAUUUUCCAAAGAACGACAAGAUUAUGAAGACUACAUACAGCAAUUAACUAAUCAACCCUUGGAACUGAAGUCAUUAACACGUAUACAUAUACGUAAGCAUUUAAUGGAAACAUUUUGUAAUUCCACCGUAGAAUUAAAACAAAACUAUCGGGCAACGAAUGAUAAAUCAACAUUACAACAAAUGAUCGAACAAUUAGAAAUACCUAAAAUAUUAAAAGAAUAUCUAAUAGACUUUUAUGAUUGUGAAACUGUGAUGCCGUUAUAUAUGUGUUAAACGGAAAAUGAAAUCCAAAAACAAAAAGUACUUUUUCAUUCUCACAUACAAUACAAACACAAACACACACACACGCAUACACAUUGGAAGAAUAAUAAGAGUUCUUUUUGAACAAAACCAAAAUUCUUCAUAUUAAUAUAUAAAGGAUAAUAGUUUUUUAAAGGAAUAUUUAUAUAUAUAUAUAUAUAUAUAUAUUUAUUUUUUGCAACAUUUAA